AUGUAUAAAGAUCCACGUCUUCGAUGUGUCAAACAAAAGUGCUUAGACUUGUUGACAAAUGUUUGCACUAUACCUGAAGUUGCUCGUUUGAUUCUCGAUCGUCAUCCAACGUUUCUCAUGCAAUUAAUCCAAGGUAUUCGCGAUGGACAUCUAAUUGAGGAAAAAAUUCCAUCGUUAUCGGUACUUCUGCGUUUAUGUAAAAUUAUCGUGGAAAGAAAUCUUCUUGGAUGUUAUCAACAUCUGAUCGACAUGCAAUUCAUCGACAUUCUCUUGGAUUUAUUCGAAAACGACGAGUAUAAAACGAAUGAUUUGAUAAUUUACUUCGUUAAAUUUGAGUCGUUCGCGUUACAAUGUGUUCAUUUAAUGCUACAAUGUGCCGAACAUGUCGAUAUGUGGUCAGAAAAAGCGCAAAUUCGCCUGGUGAACUAUUGUUGUACACUUUUGUAUAAAUCUGUUUUGGAAGAUGAAGAUAAACAUCAGCGUUCACGAGGAAUGAAAGCGAAUCAUAUCAUCUAUGCGGAACAACAUGGCCUAGUUCAUUCGUUAAGCUCGGCGGUGUUAACAUUUUUAAAUGUAGUUCGAUGUCGGAAAGAAAUCGGACGUUUCUAUCGAGAGAAUGAACAUUUCCGAGAAUUGAUCAAUGUGAUGAAACAAAAAUAUGCGCAACGAAGUGAAUUCGUUCGACGUGAUCCAUCGAUAUCUUGUGCACUUGAGCAAGUUCUGAGCGUCAUGUUUGAUCGACACGAGCGUAAAAAACGACGGUAUCAUCCUGCUCAACAGUCUCCGUUGAAAGAACAUCUACGGAAUCAGUUGGCAGAUCGCAAAUGUUCGAAUUCUCUCUGUCAUAUGGUCGAAAAUGAUCAAGUUCAAUUCGAAGACUGUCCUCAUUGUCGUACAAUGUCGUAUUGUAGUCAAUACUGUCGUGAAGUUCAUUGGACAUUAAAUCAUAAUCUCUCAUGUUUACCUGUCAAUUCCAAUGAAAUGUCUUCAGUUGAUUAUGCUGAAAAUAAUCAAACAGCAUCGAUUGGUUGCAAAACAGCAUUUGAAACGUUACCCGUUCCAUUACCUCCACCACCAACAUCAACAGACGAGGUACGACAAGAGAUUACCACUAACGAGUUAUGCUAUCCAUCAUCGUCAGCAUCGUCAUCAUCAUCAGCGGCAACAACAGGCGUCAAGAAGAAGUCGUUUCAAACUUUCCUCUCACUUCUUCGAAUUAAUAAGAAACGAAAAUGA